AUGGACGCCCACGCUUUCAAGGACAUCCUAACCACUUCCGGCAAUAUCUACCACACCUUUGUCUCCCCAGCCACAGACACUUCGAAGCCUACCCUCCUCUUCGUGCACGGCUUUCCAUCCACCGCGCAUGACUGGCGCUAUCAGGUCGCUUUCUUCGCGAAGGCUGGCUAUGGGAUCGUCGCACCGGACUUGCUAGGGCACGGUGGCUCGUCCAAGCCCUCGAGCGUUGAUCACUAUGCACCGAGCAAAAUCGCCGCCGACCUCGUCGACAUCCUGAACCACUCGAAGGCGGUGCGCGUGAUUGCUAUUGGACACGAUUGGGGCUCCAUUCUCGUUUCGCGCCUGGGGAUGUAUUAUCCGACGCGCUUCAUAGGUUUUGCAUUCCUCGCGAGCGGGUAUUGCCCUCCACUUGCCGGGUUCGACCUGAAGGUCGUGCUCGACCACCAGAAGAAGCUGGCAGGUUCGGAGCUGUUCGGUUACUGGCUGUUCCUUGCCGAAGAUUCUGCGAAGGGUGUAGUAGACGCGAAUCUCGAAUCUCUCCUUACGCUGUGGUACACGUCGGAUCCCGAUUUUUGGAGAAAGGUCCUCGCGCCUACAGGACAGCUCGAACCGUGGCUCAAGGCAGGCAAGCAGGCGCCUCUCGCUCCCUUUGUUUCAGCUGAGGACAAGGCGCGCAUGUUGGCAGAUUGGCGCAAAGCAGGCGGCCUUGGUGCUGCGCUCAAGUGGUUCAAAGUGAUGGCGUCCGACCUCAUGGGCAAGGAUGACGAAGGUCCGUCCCCCGUCAAAGACAAGCUGAAGCUCGAGCAUCCUGUAUUCUUCGCUGGAUGCCAGGGCGACGCUGUCUGCCUCGCAAAGCCAUCCGAGGAGAUAUUGCGCCAGCUCUGCCCGAACGGGACCGUGCAGACGUUUGACACCGGGCACUGGGUCCAACUCGAAGCUCCAGAGAAGAUCAACAAGGCCUUGCUGGCGUGGAUGGGAACGAUCACUUCAGUGGGCAAGUGA